GGGUAUCUUUGAUAUGAAGUGGAAUCCGGUUGAGGAUAAUGUGUGUCCCUUGCUGGCACAAGCUGAUGCUGAUGGUCACGUAAGGCUUCAUCGUAUUGAAAAUGCGGGAGACAAAACGGUAGCUAAUGAUCAGCAAGGAACAACUUCCGGAGUUACAUUACAAUGGUUACUACCAGUGAUGUGCUAUUGUCACAAAACAGUGCUUUAAACGGAAGCGAAACUCAAUGCUGAGCAAUGAGCAUAUGUUCGAUAACGAGAGAACAGUUUCUAUGCUUUCAUCUUUAUUUCAAAAUUUUCUCCGGUGGUCUAUCGGAACUGUUCCUGUUUCAUGUCGCCGCAACACUGCAGUUACCAGUGUAGCUUCUGAUCAAUCAGGAGAACAUGAAGUUUAUGUUGUUUACAUGGGCGGAAAAGGCUCAUCGACUCCUGGAACUUUGAGAGAUGAUCAAGCUCGGCUUCUUGAGCCUUUCUCCCAAAGAAAUGGCGUGGUACAAGUAUAUAAACAUGGCUUCACAGGAUUUGCCGCCCAUAUGUCUAAAGAGGAAGCAAAUUUAAUAGCUCAAGAACCAGGAGUUGUGUCUGUUUCUCGUGAUAAGAUGUUUAAACUACGCACAACAAGGUCGUGGUCUUUUCUCAAACUUCUCAAAUUUCAACAAUACCUGGAUAAUCCUAUCAUGUCGUCAACAGAGCUCCACAGUUCCAAGGUUCGUGGAGCUGACACUAUCAUUGGUAUGAUGGAUUCAGGAAUUUGGCCAGAAUCUAAGAGCUUUAAUGAUAAAGGUCUGGGCCCGAUCCCUAAACGGUGGAAAGGAACUUGUCAGGAAACAGAAGAUUUUCGCGCUUCAAGUUGCAACAGAAAAAUAAUUGGUGCACAAAAUUAUGAAAUACGCAACAAGACAUGUAGAGACGUUUUUGGACAUGGCAGCCACACCGCUUCAACUGCCGCGGGAGCACCUGUUCCUGGAGUUUCAUAUUAUGGCUUAGCUCUCGGAACAGCCAUUGGUGGUUCACCGACUUCUAGAAUCGCAGCGUACAAAGUAUGCUCUGACAACUGUGCCGACUCAGCAAUUUUAGCAGGAAUGGACGCUGCAAUUCAUGAUGGGGUUGAUAUAAUGUCACUAUCGCUGGGCCCUGAUUCCCCUAUUGUUAAUAUAUGGGAAGAUUCAGUAGCCAUUGGUGCGUUUCAUGCCGUUGAGCAUGGAAUUAUGGUUGUUUGUGCUGCUGGUAAUGCCGGACCUUCUAAUUCAAGUGUCACAAAUGAUGUACCUUGGAUAACGACCGUGGCUGCUUCGACAAUUGACAGACACUUCUAUGCUAGUGUUGUUUUGGGUAAUAAUCACGUUAUCAAGGGCGGAGGCAUUCAGUUUUCAAGUUUAAGCGACUCUCCAAAAUAUCCGCUAAUAGACGGUGUCUCGGCCAAGGUUCAAUCUCAUAACAUCAGCGACAAAUUAGCAAGAAAUUGUCAAGCAGGUUCAUUAGAUACAAGCAAGGUCAAAGGACGUAUAGUUCUAUGUUUCAGUGAGAUAAGUGGAUCGCCUACGUUCAGUGUAAUUAUGAAUCAAGGCGCACGUGGACUCGUUCUGGUUAACGAUGAUAAGAGAAUUGAAGAUAACAUUAUACUAGAAGGGUUUUUAACGUUUCCUUUUUCGAUUAUCAGUUCCAAGGAUGGGAAUGCAAUUCUCUCUUAUAUACGAUCAAAUAGGAAUCCGACUGCAACUAUCCGAAGGUCUGGAACAUCUACAGGCUUCAAGCCAGCACCUGUCAUUGCUGAUUUCUCAUCCAGAGGCCCAUCCUGUUUAUCACAUAAUCUUCUCAAGCCAGAUAUUACGGCACCAGGAGUGAAUAUUAUAGCGGCAUGGAGUAAAAUGAACCCGGAAUUUGCACUCCCAGGACAGGCUCCUCCAGAUUAUGUCAUAAUAUCUGGAACGUCAAUGUCGACCCCGCACAUUACAGGAAUAGCUGCCUUAAUCAAGUCCCAACAUCCCACUUGGGACCAUUCCGCCAUCAGAUCUGCUAUUAUGACUACAGCUGUUCAAACAUGUAUCGAUGGAUCUCCAAUUCUAAGAUUACCAGGAUUAGAAGAAGCUACUCCAUAUGAUUUUGGGGCAGGGCAUGUGAACAUAGAACAAGUGAUGAAUCCGGGGCUAAUUUACGAGACACCUAUCACUGAGUACUAUCUCUUUCUUUGCAAUUAUGGAUAUAACAUUUCAACAAUCAAGCUUAUUGCAAAGAAUAUUCCAGAAGGAUUUUCUUGUCCGAAGAAUGCAAAUACAGCAUUAAUCUCCAACAUGAAUUAUCCAUCAAUAGCCAUCGCGAAGUUCAAGAGAUAUACAGAGAGGAAAGUAACAAGAACUGUCACAAAUGUUGGUGAUGAAGACGAGGCAGUAUAUGAAGUAACAGUGGAUGCUCCUGAACAUCUCAAUGUGCAAGUCAUACCAGAGACUUUACAUUUUACGCAGAAGUAUCAGAAGCUAAGUUUUGAUGUUAUUUUCUCGACAAAAUAUACUUUCAAGAGUGAUAUAUUUGGUUGGAUCACUUGGAGCAAUGGAAACUACAGAGUCCGUAGUCCUUUCGCUUUGAGCCUUACUGAUAGGUCCAGUAAAUGAUCUUGAACAAAUGUUCUACCUCUUCUAUGUAUAGUUCUACCUCUUCUAUGUAUAACCAUCAUAUUUAUAAAUAAAAGAAUAUAAUCAUAUUAGUUUAACGUAUAAUA